AUGCGGUUCGACAGGCAGAUGGUUGCGCUGGCGACGCUGAUGUCGACAUGUGCGCUCGCAGCCCCGCUCGACAAGCGCCUCGCAGCGCCUCGCAAUAAAAGCUACAACGUUGUCAAUGUGGGAGGAGGGAAUUCCCCUUCGCCCGCCCCAGCAACGACUAUUGAAGCGACCAAGACAGUGGCCAUUGUGAAUCCAGGACCCACAGUUGAAGUCACUGUACCGGCUGCCCAGCCUGCAAUUCCUUCUCCCACCAGCAGCGCGAGUUCGCAAAAUACAGGCUGUGCUGCCUCGAGUUCGCCAUCUUCAUCCACUUCGAUAUCGACUACGGCCACGCCAUCGUGUACGAGCGCUUCUUCAUCCUCAUCCAGUGAUCCGACGCCAAACCUGGUUUAUAUCACUGUCACGGUUCCUGCGGACGAAGGACCUUAUUACGACGACGGCAUGUGGCACACCAGGUACAAGAUCAAGACCUUUGAGUCGUAUGCUGCGUUGGCAACGCCUGUGGCGCUGGUUCCGAGUCCGACGAUGCUGCCCGUGUUGGAGACGCCCGGACUGGGAUAUAAUGCGACCACGAAGGCUUGA